AUGAAUAUAGCCAAAGUUAUAAUUAAUGCCAAUAGUUCUUCAGAUAGUGUAAGACAUUAUUUUUCCACGAGAGUUCAGAUACUUUCCAGGUUCAUGAACUGGCAGGAGGCCAGGAUAGGAGCUGAGAAUGUCACCUCUGUCAAGGAGUUUAUCUUGCUGGGACUCAGCAGCCAGAGAAAAAUCCAGCUUCUCCUCUUUGUGGUCAUUCUCAUCAUCUACCUGCUUACAGUUCUGGGGAACCUGCUGAUCAUGAUCCUGGUGCAGAUUGAUGUUCGGCUCCAUACACCCAUGUACUAUUUUCUCUCUCACCUUGCAGGGAUAGAGAUGUGUUACGUCACCAGCACCUUGCCUCUCAUGUUAUCCCACCUGAUGGCUGGAAACGGAGCCAUCUCUUUUGCACUCUGCACCAUCCAGACGUACAUCGCAUUGACCAUGGGAAGUACAGAGUCCUUGCUAUUGGGUGUCAUGGCCUAUGACCGUUACCUUGCCAUUUGCCGUCCCCUAAUAUAUGCUGUUAUCAUGGGCAAGGGGUGCCAGUUGCAGUUUGCUUUAGCCUGCUGGGUAAUUGCUCCUCUGCUUUGUGCCAUCUGUAUUACCUGCCUUGUCUGCCAAUCUUAUUGUGGUCCCAACCAGAUCAACCACUUCAUAUGUGAAGUGCCAGUGGUGCUAAAACUUGCAUGUGGUGAUACACAAAUUGCUGAGGACAUUAUUUUUGGUAUAGGAGCAUUUGUCCUUCUGCUUCCCCUUUCUGUUAUUCUGACCUCCUAUGGAUUUAUACUUUAUUCCGUAUCCCAUAUGAAGUCAAAUGUUGGACGGCGCAAGGCUUUCUCUACGUGUGGUUCCCAUUUGAUUGUGGUCUCCUUGUUUUAUGGCUCUGCCAUCUUGAUGUACAUGAUUCCAAAGUCAGAUUCAUCUCCUGAUCGUGAUAAGCAAAUUGCAAUCUUCUAUGUUCUGAUUACCCCUCUGUUCAACCCCAUCAUUUAUACUUUGAGGAACAAGGACAUCCACAGGGCAGCAUCCAAGAUGUUGUGA